ACAUACAAAUACUGCGCGCUCACAUAGAGACGUCUGACUCGCAACCCUCUUCUCUCUCCUGUUUCACCCUAUUCUAUUCGAAUUGUAUUCCUCUACUCUCCACUAUUCGCGUGAUCUUGUGCAACUGAUUCCUUGGAGCGAGACGAGGAAAAUUCAAAUAUAACGAACCGUCGUUGUCUCCCGAAGGAACAUCUGAAAAUCCGUGAAAAAAUAACGAGUAACAAUGAAUUCUGGUUACAGCGCAAACAUUUUUCCCAGUAGCUCAUCGCCCACUCUGUAUCAGAGUCACCAACUUCAGCCGAAUCCAUCAGCAACGAUGUAUCAGGCGACCCCCCGGGAUAUGGGUAAACCUCCAGUACGAGGCAAGACAUCUCCAUACGGAUUCUUUGUGAAAAUGUGCUACGAAGAACACAAGAAAAAGUAUCCGAACGAGAAUGUCCAAGUGACAGAGAUUUCGAAAAAGUGCUCAGAAAAGUGGAAGACGAUGGUUGACGAUGAGAAGAGACGUUUCUAUGAACUGGCACAAAAGGACGCCGAGCGAUAUCAGGCAGAGGUGAGUGUUGCCGCUUACGGAGGAGAAGAUGCGAUGAGGAAGAGGAAGCGUGCCAAGAAGGAUCCACAUGCACCAAAAAGAGCCCUCUCAGCCUUCUUCUUUUACUCACAAGACAAACGUCCUGAAAUACAGGCAGGUCAUCCAGAUUGGAAAGUCGGACAAGUUGCACAGGAGCUUGGAAAAAUGUGGAAACUAGUGCCCCAGGAGACGAAGGAUAUGUAUGAGCAAAAAGCACAAGCGGAUAAGGAUAGAUAUGCGGAUGAAAUGCGCAAUUACAAAGCUGAAAUGCAAAAAAUGUCUGGCAUGGACCAUUAUGACGAUGAUAACAUCCAUCAUGUUGUACAUGUUGAAGAUAUUAAUAGUCAAAAUAUCUCGUAAUCAUUCCAAUUUGUUCGAUUUUUGUACCCCUUAUCGAUUCGCUCUUCAUAAUUUUUCUUUAACACACAAGCGCAAAUCAUUCACUUUACCAGUCAACAGGAAUUCAAAUGAUUUCUUUUUUGUUUCUGUACUCCAUAAAACACCAAACACCUCGCUGAACCUUCCCACUCCACAUCGCCCUCCCCCACCGUUUUAGAUCUACAAUUUUAUUUCACAAGUAGGCCGAGAAUGAGAUACCUGUAAAUAAUCGCUAUUGUCGAUUGAACUUUAUUUUCAAAAUCCGUAUGCAACCCUUGUAUUCCCGUUUGUCGUUUUAUGAUUGGUUUACUUUAUUUUAUGUUCUGAUAAUUUUUUCCACAUCAGCACAAUGAUAAAUGUCGCGAUUAGUUUCCUCUUUCUUUUUUGUCUCUUUUCCCCUUAUAUGUUCCAUGUUUCCCCGAAACACCAUCUCAUUUUUAAUAAAUUUCAUUUCGGUUCAAUAUAAACAAUCGUAUUUGCCACAAA